AAUUGGUCUAGGAAUCUACCGCAGCACAAUGGCGGUGCACGGCCUUCUAUCGCACUAUUCUCAUAAGAUCAGAUCUCGGCCUCGCUCGCGUGGAUUGUACGUCCCCACCAAGUCACUUUCAGGACCUCUACCCCAAUCUUGUCGCCUUCGGCCUUGUACAUCGAGUCCCAUUCAUCGAUGGCAGGAUUUUCCAUCAUGGUCUCGCGAUGCUUCCUCUUCCUCUUCUGCCUUAUUCCUGUCAAUCUUGCGCACACACUCAAUGGCCUCCCAACACGAGCAAUCGGACAUCGACCACGAACGUACCCUACACCACAGGAGGCUGCACUGAACAUCAAGCGUGCUAUCAAGGAAGGACUCGAAGUUUUCAAACGUGACGUAUGCGAAGAUGCGUUUCCAGGCGAAGGCGCAACAACAAACACCUGCAACCCUAGCAAUACGCUUUGCUGUAUUCGGAAGGGAGAAAGCUACCCACAGUGCCAGAACUUCUUGGACAAAGGAUGGUGCUGCAUCGACAAUCCCAAUAGCGAGCCAGGCUGUUACGUCGACCAGCCAUCUGUCUGUGAAGAAGCCGACUCGGUGCCAUGCGCUAAUCUUGAGGCGGGCGUAGACCAAGCAUGCUGUCCAGGCCAGACUACAUGCGCUUCAGGCUACAAAUUCACCGAGAAGUUUGUACGCUGCCAAAUUCUUUCGGCUGACCUGGUAUCACUUGCCAGCGCCAGCGCCGCUCCAACAAGUAGCUCGAGUAUAGAACCAAGCUCCGCAUCGCCGACGUCCGAAAUCACCUCGUCUACAUCGGACUCAGCAUCAUCAACACCCACUUCGACUCCUGCUACGGCAUCCGACGUACUAUCGAACGCAGCAUCGAGCGCCAUACCGCCACCUCCGUCUAGCGAUUCGUCUUCCUCGUCCUCAUCCUUAUCAUCCGGCGCCAUCGCCGGUAUUGCCAUUGGACCGACACUGGCGCUUGUGGUCGGAGUAGGCCUAUGGUUCCUUUACAAGCGCCGACAGAAGAAGAAGCUACAGCAACCUUACGCCCCGCCAGUCAUGUACCAAGACGCGUACCCAAAGGCCGAGCUGGCGUCAGAGCCCGUAAUUCCUGGGCCUUACAAAUAUCAGCAUACCGCCGCCGAGCCCCCGCAGGAGAUGCCUGUUCAGUAUACAUACGAGCUGGACGGCGGGGCUCAUCGCGGACCGUAGAAGAGGAGCAGUUCUGUUGGGAGGACAUGCUUGCCUUUGUAAUGUCCAGGGCUGUAAUGACACCCGAAAUUUACGCCGUCAUGCACUGUAACCACGUGCAGAUGAGGGAACUUUGGCUUUGUACUUUCAUGUUUAGAUGUCUCGUAUUAUUAAUUUAUUACUUCAAUUUAACUGGAAAUUCUAAGCUACCUGCACAUCUUCAUCCGAAGCCAGUACAUCAUCUAUCUCCCCCAUUUGCAGCAUGCGUUUAGCUGCUCGUACUUCGUCUUCUACCCUUAGCCGCUUCGCUUGACCCUGCUCAGUCAGACGCGAUGCAAUCAUUCGCUAUUCCUGGACU